AUGGCCUCGUCUACUCCCUUUCUCUGCGUAACAUCUCUCCUAACUCCCCCAGGUGAACACCCCGGAUUCACCGCCGUCGAGACCCGCCAGAACCCUCAUCCCUCCCUCUCCCGGAACCCGUACGGCCACAACGUCGGCGUGACCGACUUCCUCAGCAAUGUCUCUCGCUUCAAGAUCAUUGAGAGUACCCUGCGUGAGGGUGAGCAGUUCGCCAACGCUUUCUUCGACACCGAGAAGAAGAUUGAGAUCGCCAAGGCUCUGGACGAGUUUGGUGUUGACUACAUUGAACUCACGAGUCCCUGCGCCUCCGAGCAGUCGAGAAAGGACUGCGAGGCCAUCUGCAAGCUCGGCCUCAAGGCCAAGAUCCUUACCCACAUCCGCUGCCACAUGGACGAUGCUCGGAUUGCUGUCGAGACUGGUGUCGACGGAGUUGACGUUGUCAUUGGAACGUCGUCCUACCUUCGGGAGCACUCCCACGGCAAGGACAUGACCUACAUCAAGAACACCGCCAUCGAAGUCAUCGAAUUCGUCAAGUCCAAGGGCAUUGAGAUCCGUUUCUCCUCCGAGGACUCCUUCCGGUCCGACUUGGUCGACCUGCUGUCGAUCUACUCCGCUGUCGACAAGGUCGGCGUGAACCGGGUGGGUAUUGCCGACACCGUUGGUUGCGCCUCUCCCCGUCAGGUCUACGAGCUGGUCCGUGUGCUCCGGGGUGUCGUCGGCUGUGACAUCGAGACUCACUUCCACAACGACACCGGCUGCGCCAUUGCCAACGCGUACUGUGCCCUGGAGGCCGGUGCCACCCACAUUGAUACCUCCGUCCUCGGUAUCGGUGAGCGGAACGGUAUCACCCCUCUCGGCGGUCUGAUGGCCCGCAUGAUGGUCGCCGACCCCGAGUACGUCAAGAGCAAGUACAAGCUCGAGAAGAUCAAGGACAUUGAGGACCUCGUCGCCGAGGCCGUCGAGGUCAACAUCCCCUUCAACAACUACAUCACCGGGUUCUGUGCCUUCACCCACAAGGCCGGUAUCCACGCCAAGGCCAUCCUCAACAACCCCAGCACCUACGAGAUCAUCAACCCCGCUGAUUUCGGUAUGACGAGAUAUGUGCACUUUGCCUCCCGCCUGACGGGCUGGAACGCCAUCAAGUCUCGUGCGCAGCAGCUCAAGAUCGAGAUGACCGACACGCAGUACAAGGAGUGCACGGCCAAGAUCAAGGCGCUGGCGGACAUCCGGCCGAUUGCCGUGGACGAUGCCGACAGCAUCAUCCGUGCCUACUACCGGAACCUCAAGUCGGGCGAGAACAAGCCCCUGAUGGAUCUCACGGCAGAGGAGCAGGCCCAGUUUGCGGCCAAGGAGAAGGAGCUGGCUGCUCAAGGAAACGGCGUGAUCGGUUAG